AUGACUGAUAAAAGACGUGAUUGUAUCAUGGAGACAAUAACUUGUGGACAUGAUUACACAACAACUUCAAUACAUCAUCAUGGAACAAAUAUCAAUUUGGAAAAUAAUCCUAUGCAAACUUUCGAAAAUACUACUUCACCUUAUUUUAUUAAUUCAAAGCCAAUAGAUCGAUUGAUGGUCAACACAUCCGGUAUAUAUGUGAAUAAGAGUCAUUAUAAUGAAAAUACAUCAGGUGUUUUGAUGAAUGUGGAAAAUUCCCAACAUACAGACAGUGCAAUACAUACUUUAGUUAGUAAUAGUAAUAAUACUACUACUACUAUUACUGGUGUGAAUACUGCAAAUGCUGGAAAUGACGAUGCAGAUGUAACAAUGUGUAUAUGUCCAGUUUGUGGUUUCUCUGCAUCAUCUCCACGUAGACAAGAUGAACAUAUGGAACUAGUACAUGGUGAUGUAACAGUAUCUAAUAUUUUAACAACCAGUAAUUUAACAUCAAUCACACCACCAACAUCAACUAUGAUAACAAUGAAUCAAGAGAAUUCUGACAGUCCUAAAUCAUCUAUAAAAUCUAUGAAAUUAGAUUGGCCCUUAGAAAUGAAUAAUUCAACAUCUUUUGAUUUUUUUCAAUCACAUCAACCAACAAUGAAUUUACAACAACAAAAUUAUCACUCAUAUAAUUCGUUUGCAUUACAAGCAUCAUCUACACCACAACGUGUAAAAUUUUGGUCAACCGAGCCGGAACAAAUCAAUUCAUCAUUAACAACAAGUGAACAAAUGCUUAAAAAUCAAAAGUUAGAUACUGUAUAUAGUAAAAAUCAUAGUAACUGUUGCCUUACUGCUACUACUACUACCACUACUACUAAUACUAAUACGAAUAGUGUGGGUGGGACUAUUGAUAAAUUUAAGAUAAUUUCCACGAAUACUGGUAUUAAUCCUGGUACUACAAGUACAACUUAUACUAUUGCGACGAUAACAACGACUUGCUCAAACAACUCAUCAUCAUCAUCAACAUCACCAUCUACAACAGAGAUUCAUUCAAAAUUCAAAAGUUCAAAAAUGACAAACAAUAAUAAUAAUGAGAUAAAAAAAUCUGAGAAAUCUCGAUCAUAUUCAUCAUCAUUGAAAAAUGGUAAAUCUAAGGAGAAACAAAAAUGUUUCUCAUUAUCAUUAUCAUCAUCGACAUUAUCCUUAUCAACAUCCUCAUCACCAUCUUCAUUGUUAUCCGUAACAACAUCUCCAUCAUCUAUUACAACAAUUACAACCACAACAGGAACGGGAACAGCGACUAAAGUAAUCACAGUUGGAGAUGAUGAUGACGAUCAUCAUCAUCCAGUUGUGAAGAAAGUCGAUUCAAGAAGACGUUAUCGAUGUAACAUUUGUCCAACAACAUUUCCAUGGCAUGGUGAUCUAACAGAACACUUACGCUCUGUGCAUGGAAUGCAAAAAUCACGUGAAAAUGCACGUAAUGGUAAAGCUGGAAGUUUUUGUUGUAGUCAUUGUAAAUAUGUUGCAAAAUAUCAAAGUGAAUUAAAUCGUCAUAUGCGAUUACAUUGGGGUGUUAAACCAUUCAUAUGUGUUUUUUGUCCAUAUCGUAGUGCAUGGAAAGGUGAUUUAAAACGUCAUAUGGAAUCACAUCAUAGAGAACGUUUUACAUGUGAAACAGAAUUAAUUAAAAUUAUGUCACAAUUUAAAAAUAACGCUGGUACAAGAACAUCAUCAGCAGCAGCAUCAUCAAUGACUAGUGGUUAUGAACAUACUUCCACAUUGCCUAUUUCACAAUUUGAUAUAACAACCGAAAGUAGUGAAGGUGAUAAUACAAGUGAUCGAUACAAUUGUUUACAUAUUGAUGAAGAAGAAGAAGGAAAUAUUAUAAUUACUACUACUAGUACUACUACUACUACUACCACUACCACUACUACUACUACUACUCAUGAUAAUAAUAAUAGUAGUAAUAAUAGUCUUAGUAUUGAUGUUGAAAAUUCAGAUGACAGUUCCAAUGAAAGUGAUGAUAAAAUGAACUCAAUUGUUAAAUCAUAUUCACGUAAACAUUCAUUAAAAACUAAUUACUCACUAUUACAUAAUGAAUCAAACAGUAUGGAUACUAUCAAUAAUAUCAAUGGUAAUAAUACUAAUAGUAGUAUUAAUAGUACUGUAAACCUUACUAAUACUAUGAUAAAUAAUUAUCUACCUCAAAUGACAAUUGCUGAAAAUAGUUUAAUCUGUCAUAUUUGUUCAUAUCAUGCACAAAAUCAAAGUAAAUUCAAAAAUCAUAUGGCUAGUCAUAUAAAUUUAAAACAAUUUAAAUGUCCAAUCUGUGGACAACGUAGUAAUUAUAAAUGGGAUAUUACAAAACAUUUAAAAAAACAACAUCCAAAUAGUAAUCAAUUACCAAUUACAAUAAUCAAUAAUGAUAUAGAAACAAUUGAUGAACAAUAUAUGAAUACAUCAAUUGGAUCAAUACCAAUCUCUUUAACAAUGUAUUCAACAACAACAACAACAACAACAUCAUCAUCAUCAUUGCCUAUGACUUCAUUGAUCAAUUCACAAUCUUGUACUUCACAAAUACAAUCAUGUAUAUUACCAAGUCAAUCAUCAAUUGUUUCAUUGAUUCCAAUCAGACAACCAUUAACAGUAUUCUCUCGACCACAGAUUACAUCCAUAACACAAUCAUCAUUAACAUCAUCAACAAUAUCACAUUUAUCAGGUUUAUCUGGAAUUUCACCAAAAUCCAAUGAAAUGAUUUCAUUAGAUAUGGAAUGUAAAAAUUAUUCAAAAAUUUCAGAUCAUCAAAUGACAUCAAAUGAUCCUUUGAAUUUAAUUGCAUAUUCAUCUAUAAAACAAUUAUCAUUAACAACAUCAUCAUCUUCAUCAAUAGCAGCAUCACCAUCUAAGAAUUCUUCAUUAAUACAAAAUGAUGAAGAUGAUGAUAUAUUAUCAGUGAAUGAUUCAUUACCAAUUGAUCUAUCAAUUGGAUAUCCUCAUAAACAUGAUGAUAUUAAGAACCCUAUACUACUUACAAAUACACGUCCAUCAUCAUCAGAAUUAAUGUCAAAAAUUUCAUUCGGAAACAAUCAUCAUUAUGCUUAUCCGAAUUUUUCUGCAGAGUUAAAUAGUAGUAUUUAUUCAGGAACGAAAUGUUUUACCACGACGACAACAACAACCAUAGCAUCUCCUAGUAUAAUUACUUCUAAUUCUACUAUUACAUCUGACAAUACAUUAUCGGAUACAAGAUUUCAUUAUCCUAUUUCAUCUAAUUCACAACAGAAUAUUAUGCACAAUAUUACUAAUACUACUACCAGUAAUACUAAUAAUACUUCAAUAUCACCGUAUAUAAUUGGUUCAUUAAUUUCUGACCCAUUAAAAAAUAAUGCAUCAUCAAAUCCAACAAUUAAUUUGCUAUUCAAUAUUCAACAACAGGUUUUAAUGACUGGUCUCUUACAAACAUGGCAACAACAACACAGUCAAAGGUAUCACGAAUUAAAGCAACAACAACAGUCAGAACAAUACAAGAAUUUAACUAUGCAUUAUGAUACACAUGGAGGAGUAACAACGUAUUCUGACAAUAUUAUUAGUAUGACAUCACCUAUUACAUCCACAAUACCGACAAGUCUUUCGCCUAGUAAUAAUAAUAAUAAUAAUGUAACACAGAUUACUAGGACAGUAACUGCUUCGAAUACAACAUUUAGUGGUACUGCUACGACUAAUACUGUCACUAGUACUACAAUGACUACGUCUAAUACACCAUAUCAUACAAUAUUUAGAUCAAUUGCAAAUCAUCAAUUAUCCGGAUUAUUACCAUCAUCAAUUACAACAACAAUUCAAUCACAAAUGAAUGAAAAUUUAAAUAUUGAUUUUACUAAAUAUAAUAAAUUAAAAAAUAAUCAAUUAUCAAUGAAUUGGGAAAAUAUAAAAUCCACAUCAGAUUGGUCUAUACCAUCAAAUAUUGAUUCAUUAGAAUUAUCGAAUAAUUUACAAAAUCAAAAUCAAUCAAAAAAUCAAUUACAUGUUAAUCGAUUUUUUACACCAGGUCGAAGAAAAGAAUCUCAUCGUUUAUUAACUAGAAAUAAUACAGGACGUAAAUCUGCACCAGUUACUAGUUUAUUUAAUUGUCAUUUAGAUGUGAAUAAUCCUAUUUGUACUGUUACUAAUAUAAGUAACAAUAGUAAUAAUAAUGGUACUACUAUUACUACUACUACUAAUAAUAAUAACAAGGAAGAACAAUGGAAACGAUUUCAGUGUUCAGGUUGUGGUCAUCGAUCCAAUUGGAAAUGGGACAUAAAUAAACAUAUUAAAGUUGCACAUCCAGAACGUACAAACAUUAUAACAAUUACAUUAGAUUUAGAAGAUGCUAAAAGCACGUAUAAUGAAUAUAUGAAUCGAAUGAAAUUAUCACGUAAUCGAUAUUUAACUGAAACACAUUCAGAUAUAUCAACAAAUUCCAAUCCAUGGAUAACUUGUGUUGGAUUGACUGGAACUACAAGUACUAGUACUACUACUGCUACUACCACGAUUACAACAACUACUGGUGAAGGUUAUUACAGACCAUUUAAAUGUUCUGUCUGUGGUCAUAGAAGUAAUUGGAAAUGGGAUGUCGGUAAACAUAUAAAACAAAUUCACAAUGGAAAUGGAGAAGUACAGACAUUGAGUUUAGAAGAAGCUAGACGAACUAUACAUCAAUAUAAAAAUCGAAGACGUCAGCAUCAUCAUCAUCAUCAUCAAAAUCGUCUUAGUGAUUUAACAAUUAAAUGUGAACCAAGCUUUUGUAGUUCAUCUGAAUCAAAUAUUAAUCUAUCACCUAUAUCCUUAUCCGUUGGUGAAGGUAUUGUCGAUUUGCCUGUUUCAUCAACCUCUUCCUCUUCUUCCUCCUCCUCGUCAUCCUCAUCAUCUUCUUCAACAUCGAAACAAAUUUUGCAUAAAAAUGAUGAAGAAGUAAAAAUUGAUUAUACCAUUAAUCAUCAUCACCAUCAUCAUCAAGAUAAUAAAUUUCCUUUAUCUUUUGAAUGUAGUCCACUUAAUUUAACUACUAAUAAUUCAAACCUUAUAAAAAUGACAAAAUCAUUAAAAUGUCAUAGGAAUAAAUCAAAAUCAUCUAUUCUUCAUAGAAACAAUCGACUAUUCAUUAAAUUUGGAUGUAAAUUUUGUUCAAUUAAAUUAAAUUCAUGGAAAUCUAUCAUAUUUCAUGUUUAUAUGAAACAUUGUCAACAAUUAACGGUUCCCUUGACAACUUGUAUUAAUAAUAACAAUAAUAAUAAUAAUAGUAAUGAGUACCCCUUAAAAUAUUUCCCUGUAAGAUUACGAUUUAUCAAUGAAUCUACAAAUCAUAAUCAAAUUGAUUUAAAACCUUUAAAAUUUUUAAAACAUCAUUUUAAUAAUUUAAAUCAACAAAUGAAUUCUAUAAAUAAAAAUAAAUUAAAAUAUUCAAAUGAGACAAUAUCUUGUGUUCAAUUAGAUCAAUACAAUAAUCAAUAUUCAACCGAAAACAAUAAUCAAUAUAUAAAUCAUAUAAAAAUCAAUUCAUCAUUUCCUAUAAAUAAAUCAAUAAAAUCGAAAUCAAUCCCAAAUUUUAUUGAUUAUAAUUCAUUAAAAUAUAAGAAAAUUUUAAGAAAAUAUCAAUAUUUUAUAGAACGACAAUAUAAAUAUCAAAUAAAUAAUAAUUCUAAUCCAUUAUUAAAUAUAACACAAUUAAAAUCGAAUUCUUCUGAUUUAUUAUCAAUCAUUAAAAAUACUAAUCAUCCUCAGCAACAUCAUCCUCAUCAGCAACAACAUCAUCACCAAGAACAUCAGCAACACCAAGAACAUCAUCAUCAUCAUCAUCGACCAUUUCGUAAUUUAAUUAGUUCAAAUCAACAAAUUAAUAAUACAAAUAAAAUUAUUAUACAUAAUAAUUCAUUAAUUAAUCAAUAUAUUACUGAUAAUUAUCAAUCUAUCAAUAAAUCAAAUAAUAAUGGAACAAUUUUACAAUUAGCUCAUUUAUUAGAUGAAGUAUUAAAUUUAUUUAAAACACAAUUAAACAUAGAAACAACAAAACAUGAUGUUGCUAAGGAAGAGGAGAAGGAGAAGGAGAAGGAGGAGGAGGAGGUUAGUGAUAGGGGGAUUAAUAAAAAUAAUAUUGGGAGAAUGUUAAUAAAUCAAGAAAAUGAAAAAAAUAAACAUAAUUGGAAUAAUCAUAAUGUUAUUAAUCAUUUAACCGAUAUGAUACAUGAAACAGUGGAGAAAAAUGAAAAUUUUACUUAUACUAAUGAAUUAAUUAAUUCUAGUACAAGUUCUAAUGAAGAAAAUCAUGAAUUAAUAAAUAAUAACAAUAAUAAUAAUGAUAAAUCAACAUAUUACAAUUCAAUAAAUAAAAUUUUAAAACAUCCAGAAAUUGAGAAACGAUUUCUUCAUUUAGCAAAUUUGCUACAUCAAAUAUCACAUGGAACUCAAUGAGAUUGUGUAUACCAUGACGAAUGAAAAAUAGGUUCAAUACAAGUAUCCAAUUUGAGUGAAUACAUCAGAAAACAAUAUCUAGUUAAUUUUGUAAAUAAAUGAAAAACAACAUUGAGAAAUCUGUUAUUAUUUUUUCUUUCUUUUAUUCAUCAUAUUUCAUCAUUGUCAUCAUGAUCAUUAAGAGAGCUGAUUAUUGGACAUUCUAUUUGAUCAAAGAUUUGUUUUAUAUUAUAUUGUUGUCUAGACAAUUAAAUACAACCACACAAACACACACACAUACACAUACAUGCAUACACAUACAGGCUUGAAUCAAGUUUUCCGAAUUAAAAGAAAACAAUAGAAUAAAGACAGCAAAUAUUGUGAUUUCUUUCCUAGAUAAAAUGAUCUAAUCACGAGGGUAUUUAUAUGUUCAAUCCCUCUCCUUUUUUUCCUUGUUAAUCUUCAUUAUUCACAUGAUUUACAUGAAUUGCCUAAAAAUACACAUGUGUGCAUAUGUGUUGUUAAUGCUAUAAGACAUGUUAUAAGACAGUUGAAUACUCAUCCCUCCUCCACCUCCUGCAAAAAAAUAAUGAUAAAACCGAAUAGUUGUAAACAUUCUCUUUUUUCUUUUUUUCCCCAACUUGUAUCCUACAUUAAUUUUACAAUCUAUUGAUUAUUGUUAAUCUGAUUAUCAUUAUUCUGACUUUUGGCUUGUUUUCGUUUUGUUUUGUUUUGUUUUGUUUU